AUGCUGUCUACGCUGUUCCAGCCUUGCGAGCUCUCCGUGAACCUAAUUCAAAAUGUGAUUUUCCUUCGACCCCCGCAGCGGUCUGCAACCGACCAUGACAAUCAAGAAAAUGGGCUUCCGCCGCUAUCAAACGAUGAGCUUGUUCGUGGACUUAUUCACAUCUACGUUCCUUCGUCGCGCCAUAUCGACGGAAUCCGCGUGCAAAUGCGCGCUACGCAAUCGCUCGCUUUGCUCGAUCCAGCGUUGAACUAUUCAUUUACAAGCUUCGAAAAUUCUACCAUUUUGGAAAAGACAUUGGAAAUUGGUAUUCCCAUGCGUCUCUCCAAGCUAAACAUGAGUAGGGAUCAGUCUACCCACCGCAGUCGCGACGUAAGUGCGUCACCAGCAGCGUAUGGCGGUGGUGGGCGCUCUUCAGAAGGAUCUGGUGUAUUUAAAAACAUGGUGCGCAGCGUAUCGCGCGGCAGGAAACAGCCAGAGCACUCGCCCAGGCGGAACUCGUCUGCAUCUUUGGUCCAAAAGUAUUCGCAGCCCCACUCGCGCCGCCAAUCUCCCGCGCGCGUUUUCGAAGAGCAAGCCUCGGUCAAUGCAUCUGGCAGCGCGACGCCCAAUAUGCCUCCCGUCGCAAGCCCUAUCUCUGAGGAUGAUCUUGCGCGCGUAACUCGCGCGCUGCACAUUCACAAUCGGCAGACGGACAGCGGGGACGACAAUGACGAGGACCGCGGUCGCGGCAGGUUUGCGAAAGGGCUGCAUAGCGGCGGCUCUGCCACACCCGUACAGUUCCCGCCAGAUGAAGACCUACGCGGCAAGAGCUCUACGGUUGUGUUUAGCGAUACGAGCGAGAAAGGGCUUGCGUUGAGCAAAGGCAUCCACACUUUUGAGUUCGCCUUUAUCCUGCCUUCAUACCUUCCGCCGUACGACCGCAGCCCCUACGGCAAAGUACGCUACAGCGUAAAAGUCACAGCACUGGGCGCGGGUCGUGCAAAGAGCAAUGUGGAAGAGACACGUAAUUUUUACCCCAUGGUGAAUCCGUCCCCCGAUGGCGGCAUGACCCCAUUAUCAAUCCUCUUUAACGACAUCCACUCUACCGUGGGAAUGCUUUCGGUAGCAUGCACCUCGAACAACAUUUCUGUUGGUGGGCUUUUCAACAUUGACAUCCACAGCCCAUCUCCCCCUAUGGACCUCAUUGUAUACAUGGUCCGCGUAUCUCUUUCCACCACCAUCGAGCUGGAUACACGGAAACGAGGCAAGCAGACGGUGCCUGUGCAAAAACGCAAGUUAUAUGAGCAGGGAUAUGUACCAUCCCAGGAGAUUGCGUUGAGCAGUAGCGCCGAUUAUUUUCCGGGCUACGUCCGCUACGCAGGCACGGACGACGCAUGGACCGUGCAGAGCUUGGCGCGUAUUCCAGACGAUAAUGCGAUCCGACCGAGCACCAUGCCCGGCACACGCUCUUCAUUGCGCUUCCAUCAUGUUCUGGUCGUCGAAGUCGUCCACAGUCGUGAUGACCCAGCCGUAAAUGAUUGCCUGACCAUCGAAGGGAAGCGCAAGAUCAAAGUGUUUACGCUGCGCCAAAAUGUCAUCAUCCCAUCCUGCUGUUGUGCAUUGGACGCCGUGACACUGCCAGCGUAUAGCGCCAAAGAACCCUCGCACAAAUCCGUUCCCCAACUUAAACAGCAGGGCGAGACAGGAUGGGCGCAAAUUUUAAUGGCGAAUCGAGAGCGCGGCGAGUCGCACAAUCUGUGUGUAUGUGGCCUGAGUCUGGCCGACUUAUCUGCGGCGGAACGUGCGAUGCUUCCCCCGCCGGAUCCUACCGAUUUGCUCAUGGAUCGCGUCAGGCACCAAGGCAAGAUUGGAGAGCUGCCCGAAGGCGACGCGAGCGGGCCUGGCGAGCAUAUGCAAGCUUCCACAAGCGGCUCCUGUGUGCAGAUCGACCAUCCUUGGCGCCGCACAAGCGCUACAUCGACGCAUAUGGCGCCAAGCUCGCUCAGCGACGUAGCUGCCUCGUCGAGCGAGGCGCGUCGUGGUAUGCCUCAAGCAAAGCCGAAUGUGCCAGAAGAAGCCCCACCUGCGUAUAGUUAG